AUGGCGUCCAAGACGGCGGCCGCAUUGGCGGCCACGACGGGCGGUAACGCCAUUGCCAUUUCCAAGAAAUACACCGUCCAAUCAGUCGGCAUCUGGGAGCGUCUCCGGCGCGCCACCGCCCUAGACCCCAACCGCUCCAACGGCGUCCCGCUCAACCCCUACAACCGCUACCCAGCGCCCGGCAGCAACGACCCCAAGCUGAUCGACGACCCGGUGACCAUCCCCGCGGGCGACAUCGCCGACAACCCGUACUGGAAGCGCGACGCCCGGCGCAACUACCCGCGCCACAGCGUCGUCGGCCAGGCGCAGCAGGUCGCGCUGUUGACGGUAGGCAGCGCUGCGCAGCCGCGGGUUGAGUUGGUGGGCGAGGAAGGGAGCAAGGCAUUGGUCGCGGCGGAGGAGGCGGGGAAGGAGACGGGCGUGGCGGGGUAUUUGGAGAAUAGUGGUGUGGAGGCCGCGAAGAGGGUGUUGGAGUUGACGGGGGGGCUGCCGCCGCUGCCGAGCGGGCAGAGUUUGGCGAGUGGGAGCUGGGAUGUGCAUAAGUAUGGGCUGGAGACGGAGCAGUCUUAUACUGAGGACUACCCGUGCCGGUCAUUCGCAUAA